AUUAAUUUUAAAAGUAUUUCUACCUGCUUUCUUCUUUUACCAUUUUCACUUUCUCUUGUUUGUUGUCAUCUCAAUCUCAGACAACACAAGAGAAAACAAAAGGAUCAGUUGGGGAAGAUAUACAUACUAAUUAUACCUAUACAUAUAUAUUGUUUUGGGUAUCAAUUCUUGAUCCAUUUUUUGCACAAAUUUCUGUCCCUGUUUAAUAAUUUUGAGUGAAAAUGUCAAAAGAAAUUGAAAUGGGUGUUGAUCACACCGAACCCGAACCCGAACCCGAAGAAUCUUCUCCUCUGAUCCCUCCUACUGUAAUUACUGUACCUAAUAUUAAUGAUGAUGAUGAUAUUAUAGACCUUGAAGCAGGUCCUGAUGAACAUAUUCAAUGCCGUAUUUGCCUCGAAUCUGACGGUAGGGACUUUAUAGCACCUUGCAAGUGCAAGGGAACAUCAAAGUAUGUCCAUCGUGAGUGCCUUGAUCAAUGGCGUGCUGUCAAGGAAGGAUUUGCCUUUGCCCAUUGCACUACUUGCAAAGCUCCCUAUCACCUGAGAGUUCACGUUAAUGAUGAUAGAAAAUGGCGGACUUUGAAGUUCCGAUUUUUCGUAACCAGAGACAUUUUAUCCAUUUUUCUUGCGGUCCAACUUGUUAUAGCUUCAUUGGGAUACUUAGUUUACAUCAUUGAUACAUACAAGAAAUCCUGGCUUCGUUUGAUUUGGGGAUUCGAUAGUGAACUAAGCUUCUACUACAUAUGCGGGGCCCUGUUGUUUUUCGCUUUGUUGGGCCUAUCUGGCUGCUUUAUAACUUGUUUCGACCGAAGAGUGCGCAAUGAUUUGGCUCAGCCCUGCCGCGAAGUUUGCUUUUGCUGCUGUCAUCCCGGAGUCUGUGCCGAUGGUCAUUUGACUGGUGCACUCUGUAUAUGGACUGAUUGUAGCACAUGUUUUGAAGGUUGUGCUAGUAUGGCUGGUGAAUGUGGAAGUUGCAUAGGAGGUGCCGGUGAAGCUGGGCUGCCAUUUUUAUUUAUAGUGGCUUUAGUCGUGAUUGGACUGUUUACAAUCAUUGGCAUAUUUUACAGUAUUUUGGUUAUUACGAUGGUCGGACAGAGAAUCUGGCAGCGCCACUACCACAUACUUGCAAAAAGAAUGCUCACCAAGGAAUACGUCGUGCAGGAUGUUGAUGGUGAGGAUACUGGAAAUGAUUGGUCUCCUCCACCUCUCCCACAAGAGCAUGUUCAACAACUGAAAACACUAGGACUUCUGUGAAACUUCAACCUAUAGUUGACGGAAACUAGGGAUGGAUUGAAAUUCCACCUCUUUGGGGGCCUCCGUUAUGGUCCUCGAGUUUAUGCAUCUAGAUAAUGACACAAUUUUUCUUAUUGAUCGAUAGAAAAUCUUGUGAGUCCGAUAUCGUUCAUAGUUUAUGAAAGAUCACAUGUAGUUGUCAAGAAAACUACUUAAAAUCAUUCUAGUUAUGAAUGAUCAUUAUGCAAUUGUCAAUAAAGCUGAUCAUUAACAACCUAAA